ACCAACGACGAAAUUUUCGAAAUGCCAUCGCCACCGACGACGACUUCUCUCUCCGUCACACAAACCAUAAACGGAUCACACAGCUUCACAAUCAAAGGCUAUUCUUUGGCUAAAGGAAUCGGGAUCGGAAAACACAUCGCCAGCGAUACUUUCACCGUCGGAGGCUAUCAAUGGGCAAUCUAUUUCUAUCCUGAUGGCAAGAAUCCUGAGGAUAAUUCGGCCUAUGUCUCCGUUUUCAUUGCUCUUGCUAGCGAUGGUACCGAUGUUAGGGCUCUCUUUGAGCUUUCUUUGCUUGAUCAGAGUGGUAAAGGGAAGCAUAAGGUUCAUAGCCACUUCGAUCGUGCUCUUGAGAGCGGUCCUUAUACACUCAAGUAUCGUGGCAGCAUGUGGGGCUACAAGCGCUUUUUUAGAAGACUUAUGCUGGAAACAUCUGAUUUUCUGAAGGAUGAUUGUUUGAAAAUUAAUUGUACUGUGGGAGUUGUGGUCUCAGAAAUAGAUUGCCCACGGUUACAUUCUAUUCAUGUCCCUGCAUCUGAUAUUGGAUCUCAUUUCGGGAUGCUUCUGGAGAAUGAGGACGGUUCAGAUAUAACUUUUAAUGUCUCUGGUGAAAAGUUCCGUGCUCACAGGUUAGUAUUGGCUGCUCGAUCUCCUGUCUUUGAAAGCGAGUUCCUCGAUGAUACUGGAGAAGAAGAUCGUGAUAUUGAAGUUACUGACAUGGAGCCUAAGGUUUUCAAGGCUUUGCUCCACUACAUAUACAAGGAUGCUCUCAUUGAAGAUGCAGAGUCAUCAUCAUCUUCCGGUUCAUCUGUUGGUCCAUCUGCAUCAGACACAUUAGCUGCAAAGCUACUAGGAGCCGCUGAUAAAUACAAGUUGCCUAGACUAAGUCUAAUGUGCGAGUCAGUGCUCUGCAAGGAUAUAUCAGUAGAUUCCGUUGCAAAUAUUUUGGCGCUUGCUGACCGCUACAAUGCUUCCGCCUUGAAAUCUGUUUGUCUGAAAUUCGCAGCAGAAAAUCUCAUCGCUGUUAUGAGGUCAGAUGGGUUUGAUUAUCUAAGGGAACACUGCCCAUCACUUCAGUCUGAACUUCUGAAAACAGUUGCGGGAUGCGAAGAGGAGUUAAGCGGAGGAGGAGGGAAGACGAGAAGCGUAUGGGGCCAAUUCUCAGACGGUGGAGCUGAGACAAAUGAGAGAAACGGAAGACAACCACAGACUUGGGGAGAUAUCAAUGGAGCAGCAGAGAGAAGCCAGAGUGUUUGGGUUGAAGUUGUGAACGCUAAUGCAAGCGGUAGAAACAAUAAUGACAACAAUAACAGUGAUGACCCAAUGGCAGAAGAUUGAGCAAAUAAAGGUAAUAAAAAAGCCAAAGGAAAAUCCGAGUAAGCUGAAGUUAGGAUCAGACAUCAUGAUGCGGAGAUCUUGUAACUUAGUGUGACCACUGUCGAAUGAUGUGGAUCAUAGGAGACGAUUUAGUGUUGUUGUUGUAUUACGCUUUUCUUGUAAUAAUUGGAGUCACUAUGA